AUGCCGAGUUAUGCUAAAUUCAUGAAGGACAUACUCUCGAGAAAAAUAAGGCUAGAAGACUACGAGACAAUUGCUUUGACUGAAGAGUGCAGUGCUAUUCUUCAAAACAAACUUCCUCCAAAGCUCAAGGACCCAGGGAGUUUUACUAUCCCUUGUACUAUUGGUAAUCAGUAUUUAGGUCGAGCUUUGUGUGACUUAGGAGCUAGUAUCAAUUUGAUGCCUUUUUCUAUUUUUAAGAGAUUGGGAUUAGGAGAGGCUAAACCCACAACAGUAUCCUUACAACUAGCUGAUAGGUCAAUUAAGUAUCCAUAUGGAGUCAUUGAGGAUGUUUUGGUUAAAGUUGAAAAACUGAUUUUGCCUGCUGAUUUUCUUGUUCUAGAUAUGGAAGAAGACAAGGAUAUUCCCAUUAUCCUUGGAAGACCCUUCUUAGCUACAGGCAGAACUUUGAUUGAUGUUCAAAAAGGAGAACUUACCAUGAGAGUUCAAGACCAAGAAGUCACAUUUAAUGUCUUUAAAGCUAUGAAAUUUCCUAAUGGUGCUGAUGAUUGUUUCAGGUUGGAUGCAUUGGACACUUUGAUGUUUGCUUCCCUCGAUCCUAAAGAAGAUGAUAUGCUCCAACCUGCCUUGACAAAUUUGGAGGCUUUUGAUGAUGAAGUCGAGGAGUUCUACAGGUUACUUGAUGCUACACCAAAAAUUUUGGCCAAGAAGACAAAAAUUGAUCCUUUGCCAUGUAAAAGUUUAGAAUUUUCUAGUUCCUCCCAUAAGCAAUGUAAGGAUGUAAGUGAAGCUAUUCCUACUUUCGAAUUGAAACCUUUUCCUUCUCAUCUCAGAUGCAAGAGUCUCGGGAGUCGUGCCUUCACUGAUGGGAAUCUUGACGAGCAACUGGAUCUGGUAGAGGUCCAGAUCUGGUAG